AAAAAUGCCAUAGCAGUUCAGGCAAUUCCACAUUUUUACAGAAUUGUUAUAAAACUCCAGCGAGAAGCUAAUAUAUAGGAUAAUCCUGUAUUGUGAAAUUUUAUUGUUUAAAAUAAAGUUUGGAGUAAAAAAAUACUUUGUAAUUGGCCCAAGUCAAACUAGCCGUAUGUGUCCAUUUAGAACUUAUAUCUGUUUCUACAAACUGAGGCUGUUCAGUGAGCUAUCUAAAAACACACUAGAAAAGAUUUGAACUGUCACUUUAAAAUAAAUAAUCUGCCAAUCAGAGCUUCCUGUUCCAUCUGAGAGGAAGUAAAUGAAAUCUGUGCAGGAGGCUGAAAAACAGAAACUAACUUUGGAAAAUCUUUUCCAAAAUUAUAUUUAAGUACCAUCCAAAAACUGACCAAGCAACAAUACAGGUUUUUAUGAUUAAAUAUUCAUGUAGAUUGAAUUCCUUGUCCUGUAACAAAGACUUCAAAAUAGCAUUUGUUGUAUGAGAAACUACACAUGCUAGCUACAUUUAAAUCAGUGAAUGAAUGAAAAGAUUUAGUUGAAAUGGCAUUAGAGGAGUUAUUUAAAACCCUCCCUGACAAACAAGGGUCAAUUGUGCUGCCACAACCCCUGAAGCAGACAGCAGAGGACUUUGGGAAUUGAUCGAUGAUUGGUCAGCCGGACAGAGAAGGGCGGUCCAGAUGAAUUAGUGACAGACGCUAAAGGCAGAAAUCCUGCAGUGAUCAAACCCUGAAUGAUCUAACAGUCUAGCAUUUGAAGUGAUUAUCAUGCUACGCAACAUAAAGGCUUACACCCAGCUGUGGGGCUAAUUAGCUCACUCAGGGCCCUGAAUAAAACACUGGUAGGGGACUGGAAGAGACAGACGGUCACAGAGAAGUCAGCAGCCUAACAGGACAGCAGCAGCAGCGGAGCUGGAUCCUAAAGCUGACCUGAACGAACCAAUCUGAAGAUUACUUGCUUUUCUAAGAAUGCCUCAUUUAAGUGACUGCAGCUACUACAAAAUGAGGGAUGCAACCAGAGCUUCAAAAGUACAAAACCACUUAGAUAACUCCAAGUUCCAUCUCCAUCAGAGCCAGAAUCAGCCAGUGAAGCAGUACCUGACGCUGGGCUCCAAGCUGGCCUCCUCGGCCGGACCGGGUCACACUGUGCCACAUCCACACACCACCGGCCAGCCACUAGCAACUGUGCCAAUCAUGAGGAAUGGACACAUGCCCCCCGUCAGUGAUGGCAGCAACCCCAACAGCCCCGUCACGCUGCUCACGAUGGCCAAUCACGACAGCGAGUUUCCAAUGGAUGAAGUUAUCGAUGACCUAAUUAGUCUUGAAUCCGGCUUCAAUGAUGGGGGUUUGGAUUGCAUGGAGCCUAACCUCAUAAUGCAAAACAACGUCUCCCUCAGUAGCAGCAUGCUGGACGUCUAUGGGGGUGAACAAGGUAUGAACCCCCCUAAUGGUGGAAUGAGUCCCACAGAUAACCCCACAAAGCUCCCUGUUAAAAGGGAAUACACAGAGCACGACACCAGGGUGAUGGCCAAAGAGAGGCAGAAAAAGGACAACCAUAAUCUGAUUGAAAGAAGGCGGAGAUACAACAUUAACUACAGGAUUAAGGAGCUGGGCACUCUAAUACCCAAGUCGAACGACCCUGACAUGAGGUGGAACAAAGGCACCAUCCUGAAGGCCUCUGUGGAGUACAUCAGGUGGCUGCAGAAGGAGCAGCAACACGCUCGGGAGCUGGAGGGCCGUCAGAAGAAGCUGGAGCAAGCCAACAGAAGGCUGCUGCUGAGGAUCCAGGAGCUGGAGAUCCAGGCACGGGCGCAUGGACUCCCAAACAUGGCGGCUACCUUGGGGACAGUGGAGUUAUCUUCCCAACUCCUCAAACAGCAGCAGCAGCAAUCUCCACCCCAAGUGCAGCAGCAGUCACAGCAGCCACCCCUCUACCAGGAGGACCCUAACAGCGACUACCUCCAGAGGAUAGCUGUGGCGACCGGUGUGCCGUCCAUCGCCGCUGCCAGCGGGCCACACGAUCACAUCCAAGGGGCGGACGCCUGCACAACGUUCUCCGACCCACUCUCCCAUUUCACAGACUUCUUCACAGCCACGCUCAAGGAGGAGAACCAGCUGGAUGAGAUCCUGCUGGAUGACCCGCUCUCGCCGUUUGGCACUGACCCGCUGCUCUCGGCCAGCUCCCCAGGAGCUGCGUCCAAAGACAGCAGCCGCAGGAGCAGCUUCAGCUCAGCGGAGGGCGACGACCUAUAGGACUGCAGAGUCACCGUAAAGGAGGAGGAGCAUAGAACAUCGACAAGACGGACUGAUGGAGAGGGAUGCGUCUGUGACCCCUUCCAGUCUGGAAAGUAGAUUAAAUCAGCUGGAAAACUUUUCUGUAUCUCUAAAAGUGCCCUUUGUUUAAAAAAAAACUCACUGCCCCGCUCCUUCAGCUGUACUCCAGACAAUCACAAAAGACUUGUACCAAAAAAAAGGGAGACAAUCACCAGUACAUAGUGUACAGGAAAAUACCUGCUGUGGUGGCUUUACACUGUAAAAUAUGCAAAAACAUUUCUAAAACUGUACUUUUAUAAGACCUAUGCUUUACAUGAGGAUCCUGGCCAGACGUAUGCACUGUAUGAGCGGCCUUAUUUAAGCUUUUCAUUGUUUUAAAAGGAGAACCUGUAACAAAUGUACUCACAUCAGAGCUUAACGUUGUGCCUUUUUCAUGUUUUUUUAAAAGAUUGUUUGUAUUUAUGUUUUAACUCAUGUAUUCUUAAAAAAUAUACGCGUAUGAACCAAAAAAUAAGAUCUUUCUUUUAUUCUUGGAAGACGCGUGCAAACGAGAAGUGCAAGACCAAACCUGAAGGCAUUCAAAUCGAAGACGCUCCUUCGGUGACGGAAGGUGAAGGGCUGGCUUACAAGGUGGCUGAUUGGAAACGAGUGGUAGAGCGGAAGAGAGAGAGAGGAGGGAAAUUGGAUAAUAAAGACAAGUAGAGGAGGAGUGAUAAUUCGGAUGAGUCUGCUGUGAGUUGACGAGCCCUUGAGGAUGAAUAAUGGUGACAGACAAGGAGCUAUUAGCAGCCAGCCAAGAAAGUUUCCUGAAAGAUGUGGAGAUGAGAGCCUCUCUUCUGGAGAAGAGUGGUCAUUCUCUGGGUUUAAGGCUGAUGACGUUAGCUGAAGGUCUGAUAUCACUGGCGUCUCAAAACACAACCGGAACAGUUGCAUCUUUCUCUUUAAGUCUGAAAACAAUAACAGACUAAAAUAAUCAAACUUUGUAUUGCACAUUUAGAAAGAAGCCUGUGACGUUUAUGUGCAAUUGGAAAAAGUAAUUCUGGUAAGCUUGUACAUGUGUUUAUUUCUAAAGGUUUAAUAUUAAUUAAUUUUUUGUUAUUUUGUCCAAAGCCUUUGAUCCAGCACUUUUAAAAUAAACACAAUACAUUUAUUUUUGACUUAUAAUAAUAAUAAAGCUAAACAUUAGUAGGCUAAAGGACUUCAGCAGGGAUUACUUUGACUACUUACUAAAAAUCCUUCACACUAGAAAAUGAGGGAAACUAUGCAAAUAAAGCAAAAGAUAAUCACACAUACUGACGUUGCACUGUUUAGAGAUGAGGCUUAUGCAACAAACAGAAAAGUCACUGUAAACUUUCUAACUGUCUGUUUUUCCUCUCUAUCAAAGCCGCCAGCAGCAAAAUUCAAAGCCCAUUUGCAGAUUUCAAACGUAAAUGUGGUGGGUUGAUGCAACAGUGACAUCAGAACCAGAUGCUUUUUUAUUUGGAACAUCACAGCUCACCGAGGAUCG